AAUCCAUGUUGACAGAUCAAGCUUUCAAUACACAAUUUAGCCAUAAUUACUGAAGAAACUCACAAAAAUAGUUGGCAUUGCGCUGCAUGUCAAAGACCGCUGAGUUAUAAUGAAUAUAAAUGGAAAUAUAAUCUUCUUUAUUUCUCUCCACAUCAACUUGUACCAUUCGACCAAUUCAUUUCUGCAAUCAAAAUUCAAAACGUUUUCUAUUUUAAGUCCGGAUAUGUUCCAAGUCCGUUCUAAAAGAGACAGAAAUAGCAACGGAAAAUUUUUAAAAAUUGUUACGUUUUCCGGCCUGGGUCGGUCUUUUGCCCUGCAUUUGACACCUGGCUCACCUGUUCUACAUCCACAAUUCUCUGUCAGUCUGGAAGAUUCCGAAGGCGUGCAAACCCCCCACCCUGUGGACAAAAAUAAUUUUUACCACGGAUUUCUUCACCCUGACCCAGAGGCGGUCGUAGACGCAGUUUUUGCUGACGGUAUUUGGAUUGCUCGGAUAUUCACUAAUGAAAUAACCUACAGUAUUGAGCCGCUAGGCUUUCAUGAACCUAAGGCAAAUUCCCAGUUAGUGGUUUUGUUUAGCAAUCUCGAUCUACGAGAGGAUAUGAAUACAACCAAGGGGGACUCCAUGCAUCCAUUUUGUCGUGAUUUUUUCUUCCCGACCCAACACAGCUCAAACAAUUCCAGACUUUCAGAAAAACUGAAACGAGAUUUCUUGUCAAAAAAUACCAGAAUUGCCCGAGAAUCUCAGAAGAAGCAACUAUCAAGGAUUAAAAAAUCCGACUCUGAGAAACCGUUGGCAUGCGAGAUACUAGUUAUCGUAGACUACCUGGCAUUUCGUGGUAUUGGAGAAAAGAACGUUCCACGAUCUAUAGGUAUCAUGGUCUCUGUAUACCAAAUCGCAAACCGGAUCUUCAAUACUACAGUCUUUAUAGAUCUCCCAAGAUUAACUUUAUCGGUGCGCAAGUUUCUCAUCCAUACAAACUUUACCAUCUCAAGUACCCAGCACUAUAAUCAACCAAAUAUUGAGCUGAAUAAGGAAAAGUUGAUAUACGCCAUGUCGUUUCAAAAUAUUUUUAUUGAAUACUGCAUUGGGCAUCUAACGACGCAAAGGUUCUUAGACGGCCUGCUAGGUUUAGCCUCACAAGCUGAAAACCUCACGUAUGACUGGUGUAAUGGGAUCUGUUCAGGGAGUGCUGGCGACUCAAGAAAUAUUGGAUACAGCACCCUUGUAGGCUACGGUGGGAUUCUGCUUACUCUAAAUAGAUAUGCUUUAGUAGUGGCCCACGAGAUCGGACACAACUGGGGCAGUUUUCACGAUCCUUCCACUAAUUCAGUCUGUAGCCCAAGCAGCAGCAAUGGAGGGAAGUUUCUUAUGUGGGAUAGUGCUGGCUCUGGAAAUGACCGAAAUUCCGCGACCUUUUCUGAGUGUUCCAUACAGGCAAUGAGCAAUGUGCUAUCGUUUAAAGCUAAUAGAUGCUUCAAGCCAAUAGACAGGGUAGAAAACUACUGUGGCAACGGUAUAGUCGACAAAGGGGAAGAUUGUGACAAAGGGGACAUUCAUAUUGACCCAUGCUGUGAUCAGUCGUGUCGGUUUCAAGAGAACGCCAUUUGUUCGCCCAUCAACCACCCGUGCUGCAAUGAUAAAUGUCUCACGGCGCCUAGUACGCAGCCGUGUUUGGGUAUAGUGACGCCGCCUUGCCACGAAGAACCGUUUUGCUCUGGUAACAGCUUCGACAAAUGCGACCCACCCAAGAUUCUACCAAACAACUCGACAUGCGAGGACCAAGGCCGAUGUUGGUUCGGCAGAUGCCAGAGCUACUGUGAAAUUCAAAGCCUGAAUUCCAACCCGCCGGCUCAUCUGGAGACGUGCUCGUGCGAUUCCAACACUAGAGAUAUGUGCAUGCACUGUUGCCGGGAUGUCCUGGGGGACGGGGAGUGUAAGGUCAUGGGCGGACCAUACCAAGAGGGCUACCCUUGUCUGCUGGGCUACUGCAAGGCUAACGAGUGUGUCGAGGUGAAAGAAGAUUUCCAAUUUUCCACAUCCGGAGCGAAUUCCUUGUUUUACCCAACGAUUUCCCUGACCAAUCUAUUAGUGUUGUGGUAUACAUACGUCUAUUGCAUGUGUCCUUUUGAGGACAUACUAGUACCUGUUUGAGAAACUCAGGUUUUUAGUUUUAAUCAGUGAUUAUAUCGAAUCUUAAUGAUCAAUAGAAUGGAUACAAAUCCGCCAUCUUUAUUGUAAAUAAUAAGUGGGUCUGACCUGAGUGAACUUGACAUAUGAACAACUAAUUCUUAUAUCCAAACACUAUCGGACCGGAAUUCUUUUCACGGCUUAAGGUCACAUUGUAUAUUAUCUAUAGUCACUGUAUGUGGGACUAAGGUCAUGGCACAACGUCCUUGCAUUAGCUAUGGACCCUUCACACACAAAAAAAUACAACAACAAAAAACCUUUUUUUUCCCAUUUUGUUUAAGUUUAAAGUUACAUACACAUCUCUUUUUCUUUUAGUUUAAUGCGUUAAAAAAUUAUUAAUUUCCACAUUUUUUAAAAUCCCUGAUAUGAGUUAGGAAAAUGUUUGGACUUAAAAAUUAUUUGUGUGAAAAUAAAUUUAUGUUGAUCCUCGGAAUUAGUGGACUGCAAAAAAAUUCAUUAAAACAGACUUCCGUGCAGUUUGUCAUAUUUGCCUUUAUUAAAGAAAUCUUA